AUGACGACGCCUAUACCCGCCCUAAUCGAACCUAAUACAGAACUAUUAAAGGAACUUGUGGAAUUGCCAGUGACUCAGAUAGAGCCUGAAGUUACCGAAGCAACAACAAAUGAAAAUAUACUCUGUGAUUUGGCUGAAGUUGACCGGUUAUUCAUCACAAAACGUCUUCGAGUGAAAGCUGUGCUCUUCUUGAGAGGCAAAAAGAACCGCUUUUCUGUUAGGACACCAGACCGUAACCUCGUCUAUACGAUUGAAGAGGAAAAUAGCUGGUGGGUUGGCUACCUAUGCUACGGCCUGCGUCCUCUACAACUGCGAGUCUUUAACAGCUCCUCAGAAGAGGUGAUGAGGAUUAGCCGUCCCUACGCCUGUACUUCUAGAAUAUUCCCUUGCCAGUUGCAGAACAUACAGGUAUUUUCUCCUCCCGGAAGAAAAAUCGGAAGCAUUGAGCAACAGUGGGCACCAAUUAAACCGAUAUACCUCGUUCGAAGACAAAAUGGAGAUGCCGUGUUUUGGAUUCAAGGUCCACGUAUAACGAUAAGCUUCUUUAGAGACCUGCAAUUCAGAAUACAGAAGAUGGACGGGUCUCACGUCGGCAGUUCCUGCAAGCGUUGGCAAGGACUGCUGCAUGCUAUGUUCUUCGCCCCACUUCAUGAUAGGUAUGGCGUGGCCUUCGAAAGACAUCUCGACGUAGAAGAUAAAGCACUAUUGCUUGCUGCGACUUUGUUAAUUGAAUAUAUGUAUUAUGAUGGAUAA